AUGCAUUUUUUAGUGAAGUUACUACCAGUUAGUUGCGUGUUUGUUUUAAUAAAAAAUAUAUUGUACUAUAUGUCCAAAACAGUAAACUAUUAUAUCGUGAAACUAGAGCUCGAUACAUUUAAUAAUCCGUCAUCAAUGGCACAACAAUGUUACUUUGAUAUUGUCGUAUGUUUGGUCAUAACCAAAAGGUCUUUAAAUGACGUUCGUUUGCAAAUAGAAAGUAUGCUCAACAAUCUAAGUGUAACUCAUCUUCGUUUGGCACUCAUACUGGCAGACCAAGUCGAACAAAAUGAAUUUGUAAUACGUGCAUAUAAUUUUACACCAUUGCUUGCUCCAUUUCAAAAUUAUCUUCGUCAAUAUGAAGCUUUAACAGAGGUUAAAUCACCAGAAGAAAUCGCCAAAACGUUACACAGAGUAUUAGAUUUGGGCUGGAGAGUUAAUAACACGGAUCAAAAUCAUUUUGAAAUGUGGAAUGAAAAUUUAUGCAUAUUGAUGACAGAUGCACCUCCUCUUAAAUCUGACUGCGAUCGCGAUUGUCCAUCUCUACGACAUGUAGCUCAAAGGUUUGAUGAAAAGGGAAUAACAUUAAUAGUUGUUGGUGUUGAUCGUGAAGCCAUGCUCUAUGAAAGUUUUUAUUGUGAUUUAGCAAAAAUAACAGGUGGUACAUUCAUACCAUUUGAAUAUGCGGAAGCCUUAUCGAAAAUAGUCAAUGGUUCAUGCGGAGAAUUAACUGUUCGUCAAACAUUAUUUCAGAUGUAUCCGGAUGGUUUCAGAGGAUGGUGA